AUGGCUACUCGACCAAACAUUGUGCUGCCUCCUGGCAAGGAGGUGGUCAGCGUGAAAAUGAUCAACCCAGUCAAUUUUGGACCUGCUAUCAUCAAACGGUUCAUGGAACCCCCCAUCCCUGGUGUGGAAAAGAAGAAACCCGGACCCGUCUUAACAUUCCUUUUGGAACAUCCUUCAGGACAAAAGCUGGUGUUUGAUCUUGGGAUUCGCAAGGAUUAUGAAAACUAUGCUCCCACCGUGGCCAACUACAUACCGACAACAAAUUACGAUAUUCAAGUAUCAAAAAACGUGGUAGAUAUCCUAGAAGAGAAUGGUAUCUCGGGAGAGAGCAUUAAUGCGGUUAUCUGGAGCCAUUGGCAUUGGGAUCAUAUCGGAGACCCGUCAAGCUUCCCCAGCAGCACUGAUUUGAUUGUGGGGUCCGGCUUCUCGGAUGCCAUGUUGCCCGGCUAUCCUGCCAAUCCUAAAUCUCCUAUUCGGGAAAGUGAUUAUGCUGGUCGAUCUUUGCGUGAGAUUCGAUUCGAUGGACCAGAUGCCCUCCGUAUUGGGAAAUUCCCUGCAGUUGAUUACUUCGGCGAUGGAUCGUUCUACCUCUUAGACAGCCCAGGACACGCAAUCGGGCAUCUUUGCGGCCUAGCACGAACGACUGUAAAUCCGCCUACUUUUGUCAUGAUGGGAGGAGACAUUUGUCAUUACGCAGGCAUCUUUCGACCGUCGAAAUAUCUCCCUGUGCCGGAGUCAAUCUCUCCCCAUCCGUAUAACACACAAAGUGAUGUGCCCUUCUGCCCCGGGAGUGUCUUCGAUGAUAUGCAGCAUACUAGAGGAAGGAAACCGACAGAUACGGUCUACGAGAUGUGUUUCGGACAUGAUAUUCCCCUUGCGCAGAAGACUCGCGACCAAUUGCAAGAAUUAGAUUGCGAUGAGAACAUAUUUGUUAUUAUCGCACAUGAUGCAAGUGUCAGAGACGGGGUGGAUCACUUCCCAUUAAGUCUCAACGCUUGGAAGGAGAAGGGAUGGGCGCAGAACGUCAAAUGGACUUGGUUUCGGGAUCUGGAACCCUUUUGGAAGUCCAAAGGCUUGUGA